GGAGGCUCAGACUUUGAGGAAAUAGUACUUUGAAGGUUUAAUUUUUAGUCAAUGGCGUCAGACCUCCCAGAGGCAACUAGAAAAUAUUUUAGAAAAAGAUUUGAUCAUUUUGAUCGAGAUGGUAUACAGCGAGUGGAUACGAAAUUUUUGCCUAAACUAAUUCGAAUAUGCGGGGGUAUUCCUCUCGAGGCUGAUAUUGAUGAGUUGAAGAUGAUCGCCGAUCCGGGUGGACGGGGUAGCUUUGAUUUCAAUGACUUCUGCAAAUCUCUCAUGCGUUCUUUUCAAAACAGCAUUUUUCCUGAAUCUGUUGUUGAGGCGUUUCGCGACCUCGACCCUGAGUACAAGGGCUUUAUUCCUCAGUAUGAACUUCGAUACCUUUUAACGACUUUGGGGGAUGCACUGAGUGUUGAAGAAAUUAAUGAAUUUACAGAAGAACUAAAAGUUAACUUGGAUAUGGAGGGAAACGUUGUCUAUAGUGAUUUAGUCUUCAAGAUGACUCCAGAGAUUCUUCGAUGAGCUAUUCGAAAUUGUAUGUCUCUACGACCUUGCAUUUUCAUGUAAAUUAACAACUUGUCGUCAGCGCUAUCGCACGCUAGCAUCACAACCGUUUCUUAAGCUUUAUAUUAAAAAUGUAAA